GGCAUCAGACAAAACGUGUCUAUGUCUGCAGUUGGUGUGUGUGUAAAUGUGAGACUCCCACUAAGAUCCACUUUUUUCCAUUUAUCAAUUGACCUAGAUGCGACUUCUUAAACGAUGUCAAUUCCACCUUAUAUGAUACCGCCAAAUGCCUGGGCCGCUCAAUUGAUGGCCCAGCAGCAGGCAUUUGCGGCGGCUCAUGCCCAACAGGCGCAGCUACAUGCCCAGCAGCAAAUGGCUAACCAGAUACAGCAAAUUCCACCGCCAGGAGCACCAUUGCCUCCGCCUGGAGGUGUUGGGGUUGGUGGACCUCCAGUUGGCGGGCAAACUAAUGGAAUCCAAGCACCGACACCUGGACAACCGGGACUUGGUCAAAUACCGACACCAAAACCUGAUAUAAUCACGGAGGAAAAACUGCAGGAGAAGGCCCUCAAGUGGCAGCACUUGCAAUCAAAACGUUUUGCAGAGAAACGCAAGUUUGGUUUCAUCGAUACCCAAAAGGAGGAUAUGCCGCCAGAGCACAUACGAAAGAUUAUACGUGAUCAUGGAGACAUGACCUCGCGCAAAUAUCGUCAUGACAAACGUGUCUACUUGGGUGCUCUCAAAUAUAUGCCACAUGCAGUGCUUAAGCUACUGGAAAAUAUGCCUAUGCCAUGGGAGCAGAUUCGAGAUGUUCAAGUGCUCUACCACAUAACUGGAGCCAUUACUUUUGUCAAUGAAAUUCCCUGGGUUAUUGAGCCCGUCUACAUAGCGCAAUGGGGAACAAUGUGGAUUAUGAUGAGACGUGAAAAGCGUGAUCGUAGGCACUUUAAGCGUAUGCGAUUUCCACCCUUUGACGAUGAGGAGCCGCCUCUAGACUAUGCUGACAAUGUGCUAGAUGUGGAACCAUUGGAAGCCAUUCAAAUAGAAUUGGAUAACGAUGAAGACAACGCCGUACACAAAUGGUUCUAUGACCAUAGGCCCCUUGUAGACACGCCGUUUGUUAAUGGUUCAACGUACCGGAAAUGGAAUCUUUCCCUGCCCCAAUUGGCCACGCUUUAUCGAUUGGCUAAUCAAUUGCUUACUGACCUCGUGGACAAUAACUUCUUUUAUCUCUUUGACCCAAAGAGUUUUUUCACGGCCAAGGCUCUGAAUAUGGCUAUUCCGGGUGGACCCAAAUUCGAACCACUCAUCAAGGAUCAUAAUGUUGGUGAUGAAGAUUGGAACGAGUUUAAUGACAUUAAUAAGGUCAUUAUACGACAACCGAUUCGUACGGAAUACAGAAUUGCAUUUCCGUAUUUGUACAACAAUAUGCCCCACUUUGUGCAUUUAAGUUGGUAUCACACUCCCAAUGUGGUCUAUAUUAAGACCGAAGAUCCUGAUUUGCCAGCAUUUUACUUUGAUCCUUUGAUAAAUCCCAUUUCGCAUCGAAAUGCCAAUUCAAAGGUACAAGAGCCGCUGCCCGAUGAUGAUGAGGAUUUUACAUUGCCGGAUGAAGUGCAACCAUUUCUACAGGACACUCCCCUCUAUACCGACAAUACGGCUAAUGGCAUUGCUUUGUUGUGGGCACCGCGCCCAUUUAAUAUGCGUUCAGGACGAUCCCGGCGAGCCAUUGAUGUGCCUUUGGUUAAAUGCUGGUACAAGGAGCAUUGCCCGCCUGGCCAUCCGGUCAAGGUGAGGGUCAGCUACCAAAAACUACUCAAAUAUUAUGUCCUCAAUGCUCUCAAGCAUCGUAAACCCAAGCCACAAAAGAAGCGGUAUCUCUUCCGCUCGUUUAAAGCAACGAAAUUCUUUCAGACCACCACUUUGGAUUGGGUGGAGGCUGGUCUGCAGGUUUGUCGCCAGGGCUAUAAUAUGCUAAACCUUCUGAUUCAUCGAAAGAAUCUGAAUUACCUGCAUUUGGACUAUAAUUUCAAUUUAAAGCCCGUCAAAACUCUGACAACCAAGGAGCGUAAAAAGUCACGUUUCGGCAAUGCCUUCCAUUUGUGCCGUGAAAUUCUGCGCCUGACCAAGCUAAUCAUAGACUCGCACGUUCAAUAUCGCCUCAACAAUGUGGAUGCCUUCCAGCUGGCCGAUGGCCUUCAGUAUAUUUUUGCCCAUGUUGGCCAACUGACUGGAAUGUAUCGAUACAAAUACAAAUUGAUGCGUCAAAUCCGUAUGUGCAAGGAUUUAAAGCAUUUGAUUUACUAUCGCUUCAACACGGGACCCGUGGGCAAGGGUCCGGGUUGCGGCUUCUGGGCCCCGGGAUGGCGGGUAUGGUUGUUCUUUAUGCGAGGAAUCACACCUCUUUUGGAGCGGUGGCUGGGCAAUCUUUUGUCGCGUCAAUUUGAGGGUCGCCACUCCAAGGGCGUAGCCAAGACGGUGACCAAACAGCGUGUCGAGUCGCAUUUCGAUUUAGAGUUGCGAGCGUCGGUAAUGCACGACAUUGUGGAUAUGAUGCCCGAGGGCAUAAAGCAAAACAAGGCGCGCACAAUCCUGCAGCAUUUGUCGGAAGCGUGGCGUUGCUGGAAAGCGAACAUCCCAUGGAAGGUACCUGGUCUUCCCAUCCCGAUUGAGAACAUGAUUUUGCGAUAUGUCAAAAUGAAGGCGGACUGGUGGACAAAUACGGCCCACUACAAUCGAGAGCGCAUACGUCGCGGUGCUACUGUGGACAAGACGGUGUGCAAGAAAAAUUUGGGACGACUCACGCGUUUGUAUUUGAAGGCGGAGCAGGAACGCCAACACAAUUACCUCAAGGACGGACCCUACAUAUCACCCGAAGAAGCUGUAGCCAUAUAUACUACGACAGUGCAUUGGUUGGAAUCACGGCGCUUUGCUCCCAUUCCCUUUCCUCCACUGUCCUACAAGCACGACACAAAGCUGUUGAUCCUGGCCCUGGAGCGGCUCAAAGAGGCGUACAGUGUUAAGUCGCGUUUGAAUCAAAGCCAGCGAGAGGAAUUGGGUCUCAUCGAGCAGGCCUAUGAUAAUCCCCACGAGGCCUUGUCACGCAUUAAGCGUCACUUGUUAACCCAAAGAGCUUUCAAAGAGGUGGGCAUUGAGUUUAUGGACUUGUAUAGUCAUCUGAUACCCGUAUAUGAGGUGGAACCUCUGGAGAAGAUCACAGAUGCUUAUCUGGAUCAGUAUCUGUGGUAUGAGGCGGACAAAAGACGACUAUUUCCACCCUGGAUCAAACCCAGUGAUACAGAACCACCGCCACUCUUGGCAUACAAAUGGUGUCAAGGCAUUAACAAUCUGCAGGAUGUGUGGGAUGUGGGCGAAGGAGAAUGCAACGUCCUCUUGGAAUCGCGCUUUGAAAAGCUUUACGAGAAAAUUGAUUUGACUCUGCUCAAUCGUUUGCUCCGUCUGAUUGUGGACCACAACAUUGCGGAUUACAUGACGGCCAAAAACAACGUGGUGAUCAAUUACAAGGACAUGAAUCACACCAACAGCUACGGCAUUAUUCGUGGCCUACAGUUCUCCUCGUUUAUAACGCAAUAUUAUGGUUUGGUCCUGGACCUCCUGGUCUUGGGUCUGCAUCGCUCGAGUGAAAUGGCCGGUCCACCCCAAAUGCCCAACGAUUUUCUCACAUUCCAGGAUGCAGUCACGGAGGUAGCGCAUCCUAUUCGUCUUUAUUGCCGCUAUGUGGAUCGCAUUCAUUUGUUCUUCAGGUUCUCUGCCGAAGAGGCGCGUGAUCUCAUCCAGCGUUAUUUGACCGAGCAUCCUGACCCGAACAAUGAGAACAUUGUGGGCUACAACAAUAAAAAAUGCUGGCCACGCGAUGCACGCAUGCGUCUAAUGAAGCACGAUGUUAAUUUGGGCCGCGCCGUCUUCUGGGACAUUAAGAAUCGUCUGCCUCGUUCGGUGACCACAAUUGGCUGGGAGAAUACCUUUGUGUCUGUAUAUUCUAAGGAUAAUCCCAAUUUGCUGUUCAACAUGAGCGGCUUUGAGUGUCGCAUUCUUCCAAAGUGUCGCACCCAAAACGAGGAGUUUACCCAUCGUGAUGGUGUCUGGAAUUUGCAGAAUGAAAUUACCAAGGAACGUACAGCUCAAUGUUUUCUGCGAGUGGAUGAUGAGUCAUUGGGUCGCUUCCACAAUCGAGUACGACAGAUUUUAAUGGCCUCCGGUUCGACGACGUUUACCAAGAUUGUGAACAAAUGGAACACGGCAUUGAUUGGACUGAUGACGUAUUUCCGCGAGGCUGUGGUCAACACGCAGGAGUUGCUAGAUUUGCUGGUCAAGUGCGAGAACAAGAUUCAAACCCGUAUCAAGAUCGGUUUGAACUCGAAAAUGCCUUCACGUUUUCCACCUGUUGUCUUUUAUACUCCAAAAGAAUUGGGCGGCUUGGGAAUGUUGAGUAUGGGUCAUGUGCUUAUUCCGCAAUCAGAUCUUCGUUGGUCCAAGCAAACGGAUGUGGGCAUCACUCAUUUCCGUUCGGGUAUGUCGCAUGAUGAGGAUCAGUUGAUUCCCAAUCUAUAUCGUUACAUACAACCCUGGGAGAGUGAGUUCAUUGACUCGCAGCGAGUGUGGGCGGAAUAUGCUCUGAAGCGGCAGGAAGCGAACGCCCAGAAUCGGCGCCUCACACUGGAAGAUCUCGAGGACAGUUGGGAUCGUGGCAUUCCGCGGAUCAAUACACUCUUCCAAAAGGAUCGACACACACUCGCCUAUGACAAGGGCUGGCGCAUUCGCACGGAGUUCAAGCAAUAUCAGGUGCUGAAGCAGAAUCCUUUCUGGUGGACUCAUCAACGUCACGAUGGCAAAUUGUGGAAUCUAAACAACUAUCGGACGGACAUGAUUCAAGCUCUGGGCGGAGUGGAGGGCAUCUUAGAGCACACAUUGUUUAAGGGCACUUACUUCCCCACGUGGGAGGGUUUGUUCUGGGAGAAGGCAUCCGGAUUCGAGGAGUCCAUGAAAUACAAGAAGCUCACAAAUGCCCAGCGAUCGGGUCUCAAUCAGAUUCCGAAUCGUCGCUUUACUCUCUGGUGGUCACCAACAAUUAAUCGAGCGAAUGUCUAUGUCGGUUUCCAGGUUCAGUUGGAUCUGACGGGUAUCUUCAUGCACGGCAAAAUUCCUACGCUUAAGAUUUCCCUCAUUCAGAUAUUCCGUGCCCAUUUGUGGCAAAAGAUCCAUGAGUCUAUUGUGAUGGAUCUUUGUCAGGUGUUCGAUCAGGAGCUGGACGCCCUGGAGAUUGAGACAGUGCAAAAAGAGACCAUCCAUCCACGUAAAUCCUACAAAAUGAACUCCUCCUGCGCCGACAUCCUACUGUUCCCUGCCUACAAGUGGAAUGUGUCGCGGCCUUCGCUGCUAGCAGACACAAAAGACACCAUGGACAACACCACGACGCAAAAGUAUUGGCUAGACAUCCAGUUGCGAUGGGGAGACUACGACUCCCACGAUGUGGAACGUUAUGCCAGAGCGAAGUUCCUCGACUACACCACGGACAACAUGUCCAUUUAUCCCUCGCCCACUGGAGUGCUCAUUGCCAUUGACCUGGCAUACAAUUUGCACUCGGCUUAUGGUAAUUGGUUCCCAGGAUGCAAGACUCUUAUCCAACAAGCCAUGGCAAAAAUCAUGAAGGCCAAUCCUGCCCUCUAUGUGCUGCGUGAACGCAUUCGCAAAGCACUCCAACUGUACUCGUCGGAGCCUACAGAACCGUAUCUUAGCUCCCAGAACUAUGGUGAACUCUUCUCCAACCAGAUCAUUUGGUUUGUAGACGAUACCAAUGUGUAUCGUGUGACCAUACACAAGACUUUUGAGGGCAAUCUGACAACAAAGCCCAUCAACGGAGCCAUCUUCAUCUUCAACCCGCGCACUGGUCAGCUGUUCUUGAAGAUCAUUCACACCUCUGUGUGGGCUGGCCAAAAGCGUUUGGGUCAGUUGGCCAAGUGGAAGACCGCCGAGGAAGUUGCAGCUCUCAUUCGAUCCUUGCCGGUGGAGGAGCAGCCCAAGCAGAUCAUUGUCACCCGCAAGGGCAUGUUGGAUCCCCUCGAGGUUCAUUUGCUUGAUUUCCCCAAUAUUGUGAUCAAGGGUUCGGAGCUGCAGUUGCCUUUCCAGGCCUGCCUCAAGGUGGAGAAGUUCGGUGAUCUGAUUCUCAAGGCCACCGAACCACAGAUGGUGCUCUUCAACCUUUACGACGAUUGGCUGAAGACGAUCUCCUCGUACACGGCGUUUAGUCGACUCAUUUUGAUUCUUCGCGCUCUGCAUGUCAACACGGAACGCACAAAGAUUAUCUUGAAGCCGGAUAAGACCACCAUAACGGAAGCCCAUCACAUCUGGCCCACGCUGACAGACGAGGAAUGGAUCAAAGUGGAGGUGCAACUGAAGGAUCUCAUUUUGGCUGAUUAUGGCAAGAAGAACAACGUGAAUGUGGCCUCGCUGACACAGUCUGAGAUUCGUGACAUCAUCCUGGGUAUGGAAAUCAGCGCCCCUUCGGCCCAACGUCAACAAAUUGCCGAAAUCGAAAAGCAGACCAAGGAGCAGAACCAACUGACGGCUACUACAACGCGGACGACGAACAAGCAUGGUGACGAGAUCAUUACCUCCACGACCUCCAACUAUGAGACGCAAACCUUUAGCUCCAAGACAGAGUGGCGAGUCCGAGCCAUCUCGGCCACGAAUCUGCAUCUGCGCACGAAUCACAUAUAUGUCAGCUCGGAUGACAUCAAGGAGACUGGCUACACCUACAUUCUUCCGAAGAACAUAUUGAAGAAGUUUGUCACCAUCUCUGAUCUGAGAGCACAGAUUGCAGGCUAUCUGUACGGCGUUAGUCCGCCGGACAAUCCCCAGGUGAAGGAGAUCCGUUGCAUUGUUAUGCCUCCUCAAUGGGGCACCCACCAAACCAUUAAUUUGCCCAACGCCCUGCCCACACAUCAAUACCUGAAGGAUAUGGAACCAUUGGGCUGGAUCCAUACGCAACCCAACGAGCUGCCGCAGUUAUCGCCACAGGACAUAACCACGCAUGCCAAGAUCAUGCAGGAGAACGCUCAUUGGGACGGGGAGAAGACAAUUGUGAUAACCUGCUCAUUUACGCCAGGCUCCUGCUCUCUAACCGCCUACAAACUGACACCUUCGGGCUUCGAAUGGGGAUCCAAAAACACAGACAAGGGUAACAAUCCCAAGGGCUAUCUGCCCUCGCACUACGAACGUGUCCAAAUGUUGCUAUCGAACAAGUUCCUUGGCUUUUUCAUGGUCCCGUCGCAGGGCAGUUGGAAUUACAACUUCAUGGGCGUUCGACACGACCCGAACAUGAAAUACGAACUGCAAUUGGCCAAUCCGAAAGAGUUUUACCACGAAUUGCAUCGUACUUCGCAUUUCCUGCUCUUUGCCAACCUUGAAGAUGGAGGCGACGGAGCCGGUGCCGAUCGUGAAGAUGUCUAUGCGUAAAUAUUUGACAAGUCAAACAACACUUAUUAAACCACUUUUUGUAAUAAAAUUCAUUUAAUUUUUACCAACAA